UUCGAUCUCAGUGCAAGCUAUCAAGUUUUUCAUAUUAUUAUCAUUUCGCUUUUUAGCCUCCUUACCAUCAUCAGAGAGCCUUUGACUUAUACUUGAAUAGUCACAUGUUCCCAGCUUGGAAGCGGUAUACAGGGAAACGAUUCCAGCGUGGUGCAAAGAGUUCAGUAAGAGUCGUCGCAUCUUUGGCAGCAGAAAAUAUCUAACGUAAUAUCUAAUCACGGAGACUUGUCCUCAUCCUAAAGAACAAUUUAUCCGUUUAGCUUAGCCUGUACCGCUAGUUUCAAUGGGCUAUUACUCAUCCUCUAUUUGUCCACAUAGAAUCUCCUUGUUGAUAUUAUGAAGUUGCAAGAUAAUCCCUGUGACGCAAGUUUGUAAUUGGUUUUUUUUUGCUGACAGUACAAUAUCAUUUUCCUGAUCAGACUGCAUUGGUGCGAAGAUAGGUCUAUGUUGUGCGCCACUCUCCAUCACAAUGAUGUUGGCUGUGAUUGCAACGCUACUAGGCGUUGAACAGAACUUUCCCUUGGUUAGCAUAUGACGUAAUCUGUGGUGUGCACCUCAAGGGGGUGUUCAUUAUUUAUAUCACCGAACAUAUGAAACGUAAACAGUAGAUCCUGUACGAACUCCAUUCCUGGUAUUGUCUCCACUAUCCAUGGCAUCAACAAUUCGACUGUAUUAUUUUUUGAACUCCAGCCAAGCAUGUGGUAGGUGUGGUAUGGUCGUUUCACAUAGUCCCUAUGAUUGAGAAGGAGAGUCAUCCUUGUCCCAUGGUUAUUCGCCCUGUCUGCCUUGUUUAUCAAUCAACCUUCCCAAAUACUCUACCAUGAAACGACUUUCGAUCGUCCGAUUGGAGCUCAGUCGCCCCAGAUAGUGUUUGUUUUUUCCCCUCGAAAGCAAAGAACGAUCCAAGAGACUGUGAUAAUUCUCUCUUUUUCUUUUGAAUAUAGAAUACAUUUUAUGAUUGGUUUCUAGAUUGAGUAGAAGGUUCAGUACCCGUCAACGUGUUUCCCCGGUUAAAUACCCCACGAUUCCCCUCGACAACUGUGCAUGAGAUCGAGCAGGACACAUUACGCCUAAUUCCAAAAUUAACACUAGGUCUCGCUUAUAGCAGUACCUCCUAGCCAGGUUCUUGCUGUUCCGUUGUAGUUCGCUGUUUGAGUACUGAACAGCGGUGUGUGGUGUUCGAUGCGUAGCGAGUAAGCCAACCUAUUGGUGGAUUUAUUAUCUCACAUGAUUUACUAUCGAAUUCAUCCAUCUAUACGUUGCUCACAGAUAUAUGAGAUGUGACUGCUAAAAGUAUGAACUCGCUGAGAGAUUCGACAUACAUGUACUCCAAACUAUGCUCUUCAACGCCGUACUUUUCCUCGCAGCCUCCCUGCCCGUCCUCGCGACACCACCAGUGAUUCAUUCGGACGCAGGUAUAUUCCAUGGUCGCUAUUUGCCACAAUUCGACCAAGAAGUUUACCUGGGUAUCAAAUAUGCACAAAAUCCAAUACGCUUCUCGCCUGCAAGUCUGAUUGAAGAUUCACCAACCCAAAAUUUCAAUGCUACCAGCUAUGGCUUGGACUGCACAGGCUAUGGUUCGGACACGAAUACGCUGGUUGCUGGAGGAUGGACUAAGAUGGGGGAAGAUUGUUUGCAUUUGAACAUCGUAAAACCAAAAUCGAACGAAACCGACUUGCCGAUCUUGUUGUGGAUAUAUGGAGGGGGGUGGCAGCAGGGAGCGACAAGCGACCCGCGUUACAAUUUGAGUUACAUCGUUCAGCAAUCCGUAGCAAUCGAUAAACCCAUCAUAGGAGUUUCGAUCAAUUAUCGCAUGGCGGCUUUUGGUUUCAUCAACAGUGCUGAGAUUGAAGCCGAGCGAACCCAAAAUCUGGGCCUCCGCGACCAAAGGCUAGCCUUGCAGUGGGUGAACAAACAUAUAUCGUCCUUCGGAGGCGAUCCUUCAAAAGUCACGCUUUGGGGAGAGAGUGCUGGUGCUUAUUCAGUGGGCGACCACCUCAAUGUUGAAGAUGGGGACAAUCACGGUCUCUUCCGUGCAGCCAUUCUGGAAAGUGGUAACUCUGUAGGAGCACCUCUAAACUCAACGCAGUGGUAUCAACCCAUGUAUGACAAUCUUACCGCUUCAGUCGGAUGCUCAGGGGUUGAAGAUACGUUGCGGUGCUUGCGCGAUGUACCGUAUGACAAUAUUGCACCAUAUGGCUACCAAGGUCUAGAAUGGUUCCAUGUUCUUGAUGGCGAAUUCAUCAAAAGACCGGGACACAUGGCACUCCGCAAUGGGAAAUUUGCAAAAGUUCCAGUCAUCAUAGGCACAAAUACGGAUGAGGGAUUCGGUGUGAAUGGCGUCAAUACAGAUGAGCAGGCGUUUGCUCAACUCACACACUCGAAGCGCUGGAGUAUUACCGAAGACCAAGCGAAAAGAAUCUUGGAUCUCUACCCAAAUGACCCUACACUUGGUGCGCCCUACGGAUGGGGAAAUCGCACGUGGCCGCAAAACGGACUUCAGUACAAACGUUACACAAGCAUAGCGACAGACUUGACAAUGUAUGCUCCACGACGACUAAUGGCCGAGGAGUUCAGUCGUUGGGGCAGCCCAGUGUUUUCAUAUCGAUGGGACGCACCCAAGUUCAACAAUACGCCAAGCAAUAUUGGAAUCAAUCACUUUUCGGAGAUCCCGUUCGUCUUCGGAAAUACCGAACAACAGAUUACUCCGCUGGGUAACAGCACCGAGAACCUACGACUUUCGAGAUUGGUCAUGAGGAUGUGGAUCAGUUUUGUACAUGAUUUGAAUCCUAAUGGACAUAACGGUAUGCUAAACGCACAGUGGCAACUUCAAGUGGCGAAACUAACAGACUUUGAGUUUCGGACACGAUUUCCUGGCCGGAUUACAACGAUAGUGUGUCGAACUUCGUAUUUCGUGCAGACAAAAGUUACAUCGAGGCGGACACUGACAGAAAGGAAGGUGUGGCAUACAUUAACAGUAUAG